CGGCCGCCUCCCUAGAAGAAGAUCCAGUGCCUGAAGGGUCAGAUCAAGAGUCGAGAGGAGCUGAUCGCUAAUCUCUCCAUUCUGGCUCACGCACCUCUGGAUUGCGCAGACUUGCAACUGAAAGGACUGAAAAAGAGCGGAGUUUACACAAUUCACCCCAUGCAGAACGAAACUAAGCUCCAAGUGGUAUGUGAUUUCGAAACAGACGGUGGAGGGUGGACCGUCUUCUUCAACAGGGCAAUUCAGGUCAAUCCUGUGAACUUUAACCUCCCUUGGAGCGAUUACAAGAACGGUAUUGGAAAUGCCUCCGGGGAACACUGGAUGGGACUGGACUUCCUCCAUCUGCUGACGUCCUAUUAUCCGACAACCCUGCGAUUCGAAGCCUCAGACUUCAACAGAGUCGAGAAAUUCGCAGAAUAUAACACCUUUCGAGUGGACAACGAGGAGAACAAUUACAAGCUCACCCUUAAUGGCUACCAGAAUGACAGCACUAUGCUCGAUAACCUGUUGAUAAACAACGAUUGCUACUUCACCACAAGUGACAGAGACAAUGACAAUUCCAUUUUGGGAAACUGUGCUACAUACACUAACGUGGGCCAUGGAGGAUGGUGGUACUCAAAUUGUGGUUACAGCCGUCUGACAGGGCCCCUAUUCAACUCGGUGACUUGGUCUUCAGCUAGCGUGUAUAAUUGGGACAAACCCAGGACAACUGUGAGCUUGAAGACGAUAUCAUUGAAGUUCAGACGCCAUAACUACAAAGACUUCGCUAAUGUUAGGGGAUCGGGCAUCUGAAAAGGAUACUAGAACGGCGCUCUCAGCUGAGUGUGGGGUGGGUCUACGCCACUUCUAACUCUUUCUAUAUUUCCCUUUCUGAUAUAGGUACUAUUUCCCCCAUCUAAACUAUCUCACACCUUCCUCUGCCUAACCUUAGCUUUAGUGAGAUGCAUAUUAAGUAGGAACCUGUCCCUAAGAAGAAUGUAGUGAGGUUAAGGUCACUCCUGACAUCACACUAAAGAAGAAGAUUUGAGUCAGUUCUGAAGUCAGAACCAAA